UUUUGCCUAAAAUUGGCUUUGUAGAGUUUCCGUUAUCCGCUCCUUCUCUCUUUCACAAAGUGUACAUUAUUUAUAUAUAAUAUAAUUAUAAUUUGUAGUAUAUCCCCCGAACCUCCAUCCCACCAAACCCUACAAUGAAAACCCUAAUUCAUCUUUUCCUUUAACUCCCGACUUGCUACUUUGAAAAUUAUAUUUAAAAGUUUUAUCCACGUACUGUCUUUGUAUUUAAUAUUUCAAUUUGCAAUAUACAGAGGUUAAGGAUUUUGGGUUGGUGGGGGAAUUUGAGAAAAACAAAUGGAAGGGAUACCACACCCAAUACCGAGAACAGUAGAUGAGGUCUUCAACGACUUUAAAGGCAGACGCGCUGGCUUGAUUAAGGCUCUCACCACUGAUGUUGAAAAGUUCUUCCAACAGUGUGAUCCUGAAAAGGAGAACUUAUGCUUGUAUGGACUUCCAAAUGAGACAUGGGAAGUUAACUUGCCUGUUGAGGAGGUUCCUCCCGAGCUUCCAGAACCUGCACUGGGCAUAAACUUUGCUAGAGAUGGAAUGCAGGAGAAGGACUGGCUAUCAUUGGUUGCAGUUCACAGUGAUUCGUGGUUGCUUGCCGUUGCUUUCUAUUUUGGUGCACGGUUUGGGUUUGGAAAGAAUGAGAGGAAAAAACUCUAUCUGAUGAUAAAUGAUCUUCCAACCAUAUUCGAAGUUGUGACGGGAAGCGUUAAGCCAUCAAAAGACCAAUCUACUAAUCACAACAGCAGUGGCAAAAGCAAAUCAAAUGCCAAGGUGUCUCGUCAAUCUGAACCCCAAAGUAAGAUGGUAAAGAUAUCUCCACCAUCCAAGGAAGAUGGCAGUGGGGAAGAAGACGAAGAUGAUGAACAGGGUGCCACCUGUGGGGCUUGUGGGGAUAGCUAUGGAACUGAUGAGUUUUGGAUUUGCUGCGAUAUCUGUGAGAGAUGGUUUCAUGGCAAAUGUGUGAAGAUUACACCUGCAAAGGCCGAGCAUAUCAAGCAGUACAAGUGCCCAAGUUGCAAUAGCAAGAGGGCUAGAGUUUGAAAGUAGUAGGUUUAGUAUUUUGGACUUUAAACCAAAUUGAAACGAAACAGACAAGGUCCGUUUUAUAGCCUUUUCCGUUACUAUUUAGAAGUAAAACAGAGUUUGCACAUUUUAGUUGAUGAAUGAAUUUCAAUGACUGCGGAUGGGAUUUUAUGUUCUGCUACUCUGUGCUCCUGCUUUGUUUGAUUUCUAUUGACAAUUGUGUUUUUAACUGAUGCUGGCAUCU